CUAGAGCUGAUCCAUAGUCUGGAGAGGAAAAAUAACAGAGAUGUGGAGACAGCAGGUCCAACAGCGACUGGAUGCAGCGGAGGAGCAGAGACACCAAACACUGGAUGCAGCUUUCAUCCCGAAAGCUCCAGCACAGACCCAGGCCAGACCCCGCCCCGGGUACAUAGGACCCUCAGCUCAAGAACAGGACACAGAAGCCCCACCCACUUUGAGCCGCCUGGCGAUGUUCAGCAGAGGCUUCUGGUUAAACAAGAGUCUCCUGAAGAGAGUCUGGGAGCGGACCAGAGCGACCCGGAGCCUCUACCCAUAAAGCAGGAGCAGGAGGAACUCUGGAGCAGUCAGCUCGGUGUGAAGGAAGAGGCUCAUGCCUCCAGGUUUCCAGUCAUUGCUGUUGUCAUAAAGAGUGAGGAUGAUGAAGAGAAACUUCUGUUCCCACAGCUUCCUCAUCAUCAAACAGACAUCGAUCUCCCAGAAAGCAGUUCAACUGAGCAGAUGAAAGCGGAACCUGAUGAUGAGCACUAUAGAGAUGCAGAAUCAGGCCAGACGCCGGAACUUCAAAGUCCUGAAGAUGCAUCCAACUUUUCAGAGACUGAAGUCAGUGAAGAUGACAUGGGGCACUGUCUUGAAUAUGUGCCUGAAACUGAUGACCUCGACAAUCGGAUGAAUCGGGUGUCGGGAAUCGGUCUGGAAUCGGGUGUAAACGCCAUCAGCAGAACUCUGUGCUGCUCCGGCUGUGGCAAACAAUUCACAGUUUGCUCCCUGCAGAGCCACUUGGCGGGACAACCGACUGUAAGGUGUCCGAGCUGUUUGCUCACUUUUAGCGAGAAGGGAACUGCGGACUCACAGGAGGACGUCCAGGCGGGUCUGAAGUGUUUUAACUGUGCCGACUGCGGUAAAAGUUUUAACAGGAAAAAUCAUCUAAAGGUUCACAUGAAAAUCCACUUAGUAGAAAAAACGUUUGUUUGUGAUGUCUGCAGACAAACAUUCAGCCAAAGGACACACCUGAACAGACAUGUGAAAAUACACACUGGGGAGAAACCCUUUGGCUGUGAGGUCUGUGGACAAACAUUCAGCCGGAAAUCCCACUUAAACAGACACAUAAAAAUCCACACAGGGGAGAAACCUUUUGGCUGCGAUGAAUGCGGACAAAGGUUUCACGAAAAGGCGUAUUUAGACCGACACAUCAAGAUCCAUUCUGGAGAAAAGCCAUUCGCUUGUGAAGUCUGUGGACAAAGGUUCAGCCGAAAGGCGCACCUGGACCGACACAUGGGGAGUCACGCGGAUGAGAAACCUUUUGGCUGUGAUCUCUGCAGGCAGCGAUUCACCCACAAGUCGGCUUUAAACAGACACAUGAUCAUCCACACAGGAGACAAACCAUUCAGCUGUGAUGUCUGUGGACAAAGAUUCAACCAGAAGUCUGUUUUAAUGACUCACGUGAGAAUCCACACGGGAGACAAACCCUACGCCUGCGAUUUUUGCGGACUGAGAUUUAACCAAAAGUCGAACUUGAACAGUCACAUUAAAAUCCAUACAGGAUACAGACCGUUCAGUUGUGAUGUUUGUGGGCAAAAGUUUAACCGUAAGGGAAAUUUAAACAUGCACAUGAGAAUCCAUACAGCUGGGAAAAAUGCUUAGAUGCUCAGACGGCAGCUACAGAAACACAGAAGGGCUCCGACUUCUACAGAACCUCCAGAACUAUUAAACUCCUCGUUUCCAUCCACUCUAUACUUUUAAAAACAUCUCUCUGCAGGCAAAGUGGCAUAAAAUGAGCUGAAUUCAUCAAUUUGUUGAUAAAUACAUAAUAUGCCCUCUUAAAUAUCAGCAGAUUCUGUGAAUUUUUAACCAGAUCAUAUUUGGGCAGGACAACAUUUGCAUGGCUUUGUUGUAACCAGCAGCGCCCCCAGCUGUCUGGUAGGCGAUACUUGCUGUGAUCCUUUUGGGUCUGAGUCACUCACCUCUGGGAUGUUCUGCUUGUGUUUUUUGCAAAAAUAACAUUAAAGCAGUGAAGAAA